GUUUCGAACUUCUGACGGUUGACGACGUCAGGCGGCGGCGGCGGCACAUCCACGACCGUUUUUCGAUAAAACAGUCCUCUCUCUCGCUCCCGCUCUCAUCAAAUACACGGUAUUUAUGCUUUUUUUCGUUGGUCGUUGUUGUUGUUGUUUGGUCGCGAUAGAUCCGGCAAAAUCGGGAAAUAUUUGGCGUCCCGACGGACGGUGUGUGGAAUCAAAAGUGUAUGCGAAUCAGUGAACGCGAAUCGCGAUACCUCGCACCAACCACCACCGGUCGCAUGUUUUUAGUUUGUUUGUUGUGCGUCUUUUUUGUUUUUUUUUUUUAUUAGAAGCCUGUUAAAUAUUUCCCGUCGCACGGUUUGAGGGAAGAGUCAAGCCUUCGGAAUUCUAGUGUUAUCAGAUAAUUUUGUUGUGAGUGUUACGUGUUUGCGUGGUCUUGGACCAAUUCGCUAUGGAUUAAGGCUUUCCGACGGCCGCUUUUUCAAAUAACGGAUUAAACAAGGAGAAAAUGUAUCUAGGCAGCGUGGUGACCCCGGGCAGCACCAUUACUUCUCCGUGGACGCCGGUCGCAGGCCCGCCAACGGACUCCAAUGGCGGGCCCGACAGUAAAAACCUGGACGUGGGGGACAUGAGCGACGAUGAAAAGGACAUGGCUGCGGCCGAUGCGGAGGGAGUUUGGAGCCCAGAUAUCGAACAGAGCUUUCAGGAGGCUCUACUCAUGUACCCCCCUUGUGGUCGACGGAAAAUUAUUUUAUCUGACGAAGGAAAAAUGUAUGGACGCAACGAACUGAUAGCAAGGUACAUAAAAAUAAGGACUGGAAAAACGAGAACGAGAAAGCAAGUGAGUUCGCACAUCCAAGUCCUAGCCAGACGAAAAUUAAGAGAAAUACAGGCUAAAUUGAAAGUGGACCAUGUGGCCAAGGAGAAGGCGCUGCAGACGAUGUCGAGCAUGUCGAGCGCUCAAAUCGUGUCCGCGACUGCGAUGCACAGCAAGUCAGUGGCGGGGGGACUGCCCGUGGGCUUCAACCCCCCCAUCCCGUACGGGGGCACGGCCUCGCAAUUCUGGCAACCUGGCAUUCAACCUGGAACGUCACAAGAUGUUAAACCAUUCGCACAGGCAGCCUACCCCGGCGGAAAACCGGCAACGGCGGUUUCGGCGGGAGACGUUGGACCGUUGCAGGCAGCGCCACCUCCCGUCUGGGAAGGCAGAGCCAUCGCCACGCACAAACUCAGACUGGUCGAAUUUUCGGCGUUCAUGGAAUCCCAAAGCAGAGAAGAAGCAUAUCAAAAGCACCUGUUCGUACACAUAGGAGGCCCCGCCCUAUCGUACACCGAUCCCCUCUUAGAAGCCGUGGAUGUCCGACAAAUCUACGACAAAUUCCCCGAGAAAAAAGGCGGUUUGAAGGAGCUCUACGACAAGGGACCGCAGAACGCCUUCUUUCUGGUCAAGUUCUGGGCCGACCUCAACUCCAACAUCCAGGACGAGGCGGGAGCGUUCUACGGAGUCACCAGCUCAUACGAGAGUAACGAGAAUAUGACGAUAACGUGUUCGACCAAAGUAUGUUCGUUCGGCAAACAAGUGGUGGAGAAGGUGGAGACGGAGUACGCUCGGUACGAGAACGGCCGGUUCGUCUACAGAAUACACAGGAGCCCCAUGUGCGAGUACAUGAUCAAUUUCAUCCACAAACUCAAGCACCUACCGGAAAAGUACAUGAUGAACAGCGUUCUCGAAAAUUUCACUAUUCUACAGGUGGUGAGCAAUAGGGACACCCAAGAAACGCUACUGUGUACCGCUUAUGUGUUUGAAGUGUCGACAUCCGAACACGGGGCACAACACCAUAUCUACAGGCUAGUGAAAGACUAGCCCGAGCGUGGGAUCGUGCUCGCAUCCCUUCACUUCAGUGCCUACACAUCCACAAUACUAGUAUUAAUCGGUUACUUUGGACAGUAGCUAAGAGAGAAAAUUGUGUACUACGAACAGAAAUUUUUGCCAUGUUUUCCUCCUUCACGGGUACUAAAACAUUCUGAACAUACUCUACUAACUUAAUAAUUGUUUUUUUACAUAGAACAUGUGUUUAGUACGUGUUGACUUUAUAAAUAUCUAAUAUCAAAAUAGUAAGAAUCCAUUCAGGUUUUAAGAAAUGUAUAUACUAUAUUAUAUAGCACUUUUUUAACAUGAUUCAAUAGGCUCUUAAAGUUUCCAUUAGUAAUUGCUGAUAAUAAAAUUUAUAUACAGGGUAAUAAUUUGUAAAGUAGCAAUCAAAAUAUUUUUUAUAAAAAAAAUAUUGUCAGUAAGAUCUUUUGACUGCCUGACAUCGUAGAGGGUAGGUAACCAAUUUUUUUUAGUAGGAAUCUACUUUGUGUGACACAAGUUUGUUGUUUUAUUUUUACAGUUUAAAAGUAAACAUUUUUUAAAUCUGGCAUUUUUUAUUUAAGUUUUGUCAUAAAAAUUCAAGAUCUUUUAAUUUUAAUUAAGAUCUUCCUAAAAGUAUUUUUUUGGACUAACAAAUAUUUCCAAGCCAAGAUGUCACUCUGUAUAUUGAUUUUUAUUACAUUCACAUUUGGUAUCAACUGUUUGAUGUCCAAACAUAAAAAUUUUGACAUAAAACUGUUAGUACGAGAGCUAACAACGUCGGAAAAACAAGUAUUUUUUUUUUAGUCUGGCUCUUUGAUAUAUCUUUUACUAUGCUCUCUACA